AUGGAGACAAAACUGUGCAACACACGUAAACGGCUGCAGGCUCAGGGCUGGAUCCUGAGUUCCUUUGCUGUUGGGUACAUCAGUAGUCAGGUUAUCGGUGGAAGUGCAGCCCGACGCUGGGGAGGCAAGUGGGUGCUGGGAUUCGCCGUUGCCGUGUGGUCCCUAAUAGUACACCUAGCGACCUUCUUCACGCCGACCUUCGCCCGGACGCUCUAUGGGCUGAUCUUCGCCCGGAUCUGCCUGGGGUUCGCCGAGGGCCUCGGGCUGCCGACCAUAUUCCACAUCUUUGCGAACACGGUCCCGAUGGAGGAACGGUCGCGGGCGUUCGGGUACCUGGUGGCCUCCGGGUCCAUUGGACAGACUCUCGCCUCUGUGGUGUGCCCAAGACUGCAGUGGCCCAUGAUGUUCUACAGUUUCGGGGUGCUGGGGUUCGUGUGGGUCGCCACGUGGGUUCUCUGCUUCCGGGAGCAACCCAUAGACUAUGACGAGGAACUCUUCCUUCCUCCCAAGAUCCUGACCUCUAACCUGCUGUGGGCGAUCUACUCGCCGCACUUCGCCAUGAACUGGAGUAACUACGUGGUUCUGUCGUGGCUGCCGACUUACCUGCAGCGAGCGCUCGGCGCCAACGCUAACGACAUCAGCUUUACAGCGUUUCCGUACAUGGUGAACUCUGUGGUCGGAGUAGGUGCAGGCCACAUGUCGGACUGGCUGGGUUCCCGUAAGAACUGGACGGUUCUGUCGGUGCGCCGGCUGAUGACCAGCAUCGGGCUGCUGGGGCCGGCCAUGUUCAUCCUGGCCUUCAGUACGACUAAUAACCUCAUCGUGGCUCUGCUGCUGGUGUCGGUGUCCAUGGGUCCGUGUGCGUGUAAAUCCUCGGGUCACAUGAGUAACCAUGCCGACGUCGCGCCCAACCACGCCGGGAUCACCUUCGCUGUCUCCAACACCAUGGCUAGGAUUCCAGGCAUCGCCCACGGGCCCGUUACAGCCACGUUAGUGACAGCCACAGGACACUGGUACCCAGUCUUCAUGGUGGCAGCAGGAGUCAACAUGGUGGGGGCGAUGGUCUACGCCUCGCAGAGCUCCGCUAGCCAGGUGCUGUAAC